GCGCGGAGACGGCAGCGCCGGCCUCCCACCGGUCGCGUAAGAUCACGCCCGAAAUCUUUAUUCAUUUUCUCUCCACCGGUUGCCCUCUCGCCGCACCCAACCAUCGCGCCACGCCGCGCCGCGCUGCCGGAGCCGCGCUUUCCGCUAUGCUAUAAGAGCUGACGCGCAGGGCACAGCGGAUGUACGUACACACAGUCACUAGCUAAGCUGCUAGCCUUGCUACCACGUGUUGGAGAUGGAGGCUAAGCCGGUGGCGAUGGAGGUGGAGGGGGUCGAGGCGGCGGGGGGCAAGCCGCGGUUCAGGAUGCCGGUGGACUCCGACCUCAAGGCGACGGAGUUCUGGCUCUUCUCCUUCGCGAGGCCACACAUGGCCUCCUUCCACAUGGCGUGGUUCUCCUUCUUCUGCUGCUUCGUGUCCACGUUCGCCGCGCCGCCGCUGCUGCCGCUCAUCCGCGACACCCUCGGGCUCACGGCCACGGACAUCGGCAACGCCGGGAUCGCGUCCGUGUCGGGCGCCGUGUUCGCGCGUCUGGCCAUGGGCACGGCGUGCGACCUGGUCGGGCCCAGGCUGGCCUCCGCGUCUCUGAUCCUCCUCACCACACCGGCGGUGUACUGCUCCUCCAUCAUCCAGUCCCCGUCGGGGUACCUCCUCGUGCGCUUCUUCACGGGCAUCUCGCUGGCGUCGUUCGUGUCGGCGCAGUUCUGGAUGAGCUCCAUGUUCUCGGCCCCCAAAGUGGGGCUGGCCAACGGCGUGGCCGGCGGCUGGGGCAACCUCGGCGGCGGCGCCGUCCAGCUGCUCAUGCCGCUCGUGUACGAGGCCAUCCACAAGAUCGGUAGCACGCCGUUCACGGCGUGGCGCAUCGCCUUCUUCAUCCCGGGCCUGAUGCAGACGUUCUCGGCCAUCGCCGUGCUGGCGUUCGGGCAGGACAUGCCCGGCGGCAACUACGGGAAGCUCCACAAGACUGGCGACAUGCACAAGGACAGCUUCGGCAACGUGCUGCGCCACGCCCUCACCAACUACCGCGGCUGGAUCCUGGCGCUCACCUACGGCUACAGCUUCGGCGUCGAGCUCACCAUCGACAACGUCGUGCACCAGUACUUCUACGACCGCUUCGACGUCAACCUCCAGACCGCCGGGCUCAUCGCCGCCAGCUUCGGGAUGGCCAACAUCAUCUCCCGCCCCGGCGGCGGGCUACUCUCCGACUGGCUCUCCAGCCGGUACGGCAUGCGCGGCAGGCUGUGGGGGCUGUGGACUGUGCAGACCAUCGGCGGCGUCCUCUGCGUGGUGCUCGGAAUCGUCGACUUCUCCUUCGCCGCGUCCGUCGCCGUGAUGGUGCUCUUCUCCUUCUUCGUCCAGGCCGCGUGCGGGCUCACCUUCGGCAUCGUGCCGUUCGUGUCGCGGAGGUCGCUGGGGCUCAUCUCCGGGAUGACCGGCGGCGGGGGCAACGUGGGCGCCGUGCUGACGCAGUACAUCUUCUUCCACGGCACAAAGUACAAGACGGAGACCGGGAUCAAGUACAUGGGGCUCAUGAUCAUCGCGUGCACGCUGCCCGUCAUGCUCAUCUACUUCCCGCAGUGGGGCGGCAUGCUCGUAGGCCCGAGGAAGGGGGCCACGGCGGAGGAGUACUACAGCCGGGAGUGGUCGGAUCACGAGCGCGAGAAGGGUUUCAACGCGGCCAGCGUGCGGUUCGCGGAGAACAGCGUGCGCGAGGGCGGGAGGUCGUCGGCGAAUGGCGGACAGCCCAGGCACACCGUCCCCGUCGACGCGUCGCCGGCCGGGGUGUGAAGAAUGCCACGGACAAUAAGGUCGCGGUUGUAGUACAACUGUACAAAUUGAUGGUACGUGUCGUUUGACCGCGCGCGCGCACAGUGUGGGUCGUGGCCUCGUGGGCUUAGUGGAGUACAGUGAGGGGUGUACGUGUGUCGUGGCGCGCGCGGUCACCUCGGUGGCCUUGGGAUUGGGGGGGCACUAUACGCUAGUACUCCAGAUAUAUACGGGUUUGAUUUACUUCUGUGGAUCGGCGCUUGUUGGUGGUUUGCUCCCUGUGGUUUUUGUGAUGGUAAUCAUACUCAUACUCAAACAGUCAAAACUUUUUGAUGUGAUAUGUUGGUAUCAGUGUUUCUAUUGCUAAAGUCGUUGAUUCGCUGGGAACAGUGGCUCGAAA